AUGUACAAUUAUUUAGCGGAAUUUGUUCGAAUCAGACUUUCACAAUACAACGGAAAGUCUUGUGCUGUUUGGAAGUCUAUUAUGAAGGACUUUUCAACUAAAAUUGAGUGGAAAAACUGCUGCAUGGAAAAGUCAAACGUAAUCUCAGAGAAAAACCACUUGGGACUUAACACAGCAGAAGAAAGGUUCAUGAUAAGCUCAGAAUUCAAUAUCCAACACGAUCAAUAUCAAACAAAAGCGAGCAGAAGUUGCGAUCGCUGA